GCUUCCUCCACCACGUCAAGCGCUCGCUAGAACCGUAAAACUACGCUCAGCGUGGCUCGAAAACCAUGUGCAAGCACAUCCUCAACGCCCAGGCCAGCAUCCGCGCUCCGUGCUGCAAGAGGUGGUUCGACUGCGCAGAGUGCCACGCCGAGGUGUCGGACCACCCGCUCGCGCGCAUGACCGAGAUGGCCUUCCUGUGCAAGAAGUGCCGCAAGGCGUUCCGCAAAGACAUGGGCCAGUACGAGGACAGCGACGAGUACUGCCCGCACUGCGACAACCAUUAUGUCAUCGAGGCCAAGACGGCCAACGCCAUGCUCACCGUCGAGAGCGAGGACGUGCGCGUCGACAACCGGGCUAUCAAGGACGACCGCGUCAAGGAGGGCAAGAUCGACACCUCGGAACUCGACGACUGGCUUACCCAGCUCGACGGCGCGCCGGGACCGGCACCUGAAGACGCACAGUGAGCGAGUGCACGCCGAGCGGGCUCCCCCAGAUCAGACUCUCCCCUCUCCUUGUUGUUCUCGUUCCUGUAUCUCGGGCCUUCUUCCUCAAGCAGCUGCAUCGCAUAGUUCUGCUCUCGG